AUGCAAUUAUGGUUGCUGAUUACUUGUAUUGUGAUAUGCGGUAUCCUGAGCUCUCUUUUUUCAGGAUUAUCGCUUGGAAUUAUGAUGCUUGAUACACUCCAAUUGAACUUACUCAUAUUAGUAUCUGAGAAGAAUAAGAAAGAAAUAAAUAAUGCAAAGAAUGCUAGAAAAAUAUUACCAUUAAGAAAUAAUACUAAUGAAAUACUUGUAACAUUUAUAACAGCAAAUGUUAUGGUUAAUUCUGCAUUUAGUUUGUUAUUAAGUGAAGUUACUGAUGGAUUUACAUCUUUUAUAAUUUCAACAUUAAUAAUUACAAUAUUUGGAGAAAUAAUUCCUCAGUCUAUAUGUUCUAAGCAUGGAUUAGCUAUAGGUGGAUUCUUCGCACCUUUAAUUCAUGUUCUUAAGUUUAUUCUAUAUCUUUUUGCCAAGCCCACUAGUUUGUUGCUGGACCACUUCGUCGGCAAGAACGUGCUGAACACCUACGACAAGAAACAAUUGAAGGCUCUGGUCGACAUGCAUAAAAGUGCUGCAAAUAUUUUACAUGAGGAUGAAGCUAAGAUUUUAGUAAGUGCCCUUGAACUUUCUCAAUACAAGAUUGUUCAUAUAAUGACAGAUAUAGAUUAUGUUUUUGGCAUUGAUUAUGACACACCCAUAAAUUAUGAUACAAUAAAAAAAAUAUUGAAGAGUGGUUUCUCAAGAAUUCCUGUUAUCAACAGAAAUAAAGCAGAAUGUAUUGUAGGGCUCAUACAUAUAAAAGAUUUAAUAAAUAUAUGGUUCGGCAUAAAUAAAAUAAUAUUUGAUAACAGAAAUAAAUUAAUAGCAAAACAAAAAAUAAAAAAAAAUGGAAAGAUCCAAUUGUUUUAUAAAACAAAAAGUGAUAUAAAUAAAAAGGAAAUGGGUCAUAUAAAUAAAAAGGAAAUGGUUGAUAUAAAUAAAAAGCAAAUGGGUGAUAUAAAUAAAAAUGAAAUGGAUCAUAUAAAUAAAAAUGAAAUGGAUCAUAUAAAUAAAAGAGAAAAUGAUGACCCUUUAAAUAAUAUGCAAGGUGUUUAUCAGUAUAUGAAAAAAAAAACACAAAAAAUAAGAAUAGCAAAUAAGGUUUAUACAUUUAAUGGUAAGAAAUUAUAUAGUCGUAAAAUUUUAAAGGAUGAAGAAAGUGAUAUAUCGUCAUUAAAUAAAAAAAAAAAGAAUAUCACAUUAUCAGAAGAAUCUUUGAAUAUUAAAAAAAAGUUUAUAAGUAAUUAUCAGGAUAUAUAUAAUAAUGACAUAUAUAAUAUAAAAAAUAAUAAUACAAAUAUAAAUAGUAAUUAUAAUAAAAAGAAACAUAAUAAUUAUAGUGAUCAUAAUAUACAAUCAGAUUCAUAUAAUAGUAAUAAUAUUAUAAAUAAUAAUGCUAACAGUGAUAAUACAAGUUAUGAUGAUGGGCCUCAUAAUGAAGAUGUCAAAAUAAAUAUAGAAGGAGCUAGCUUUACAAAUAAUAAUAGUAGUAGUAGUAGUUGUUAUAGUAGUAGUAGUUAUUAUAGUGGUAGUAGUUAUUAUAGUGGUAGUAGUUAUUAUAGUAGUAAUAUAAUUGAAAAAAAAAAAAAAAAAAUAUGUCAUAUAAAUAAUAAUAAUUCAUUAGAAAAUCAUCCAUAUAAUAAACUUAUUAAUAAUCAAAAAGAAAAAAAAAAAAAAAAAAUAAAUGGAUCAUUUAUUUUCAAAAAUAAUUAUUACCAUAUGGGACCAUCUGAUAUUAUUAAUCCCUCCAAAUUAAGAAAUAAAAAAAAACAAGAUAUGAUGAAAAAUAUACCCAGAAUAAUUACAAAAAAUAAAAAAGUUAAUUUUGUAGAUUAUUUAUCAGAUAAUAUGAUUGAUACUAAUGAUGAAAAUAGUACAGUAUCUUCAUGUAAUGAAUAUAUAUAUACUAAUAUUAAAAGUAAAAUAAAUUUUUAUGAUAAAAAUCGUAAUAAAAUUAAAACAAAGCAGCUAGCCAAAAUAUUCAAUAAGAAGAAGAAACAAAUAACAUUUAGAUUAUGGGAUGGCAACAAAGAAAAGAAAAUUGAGAAGGACAUUGAAAAAAAUAAUGAUAUGAUUAAUACGAAAAAUAAUGAAGAAAGUGGUAAUAAUAAUAUUAAUAGUAACGACAGCAUCAAUGGUAACAAUAAUAUUAAUAGUAACGACAGCAUCAAUGGUAACAAUAAUAUUAAUAGUAACGACAACGUCAAUAGUAAUAUAUGUAACAAUAAUAACAAUCAAGAGAGUGAUAUACAAAGCGGGGAAGAAAUGAUUGGUCUUAUAGAAGAUGAAAAUUUUAAGUUACAAGAUGCCACACAUAAUAAUUCUGACCAUAGUAAUAAAGAUAUGAACAAAAGCCUUGAUAAAAAAAAAACAACUACAAAAUUUAGAACACUGAAUAAUUCAUAUGACAAUGAUAAUAUCUUUAAAAAUAAUAAAUUUAAUUAUUCUAUAAAUAACAAUAAAGAACAAUGUAAUGAUUUAUAUAAUUCAGACAACUUGAAAAGUGAUAAAACCAUAAACAUAAAAAAUAUAAAAACAUAUGAUAAAGAAGAUGCAACAAUAAAAAUAAAAAAGAAUAAAUGGCAAUUAUCACAAAGUAUAAUGAUAAAAGAAAAUUUGAAUAAAGAAAAAAAUAUGAAAGAUAUAUAUAAAGAUAUAAAAAAUUAUAUAACUAUUAAUGAAAAUAAAAGUAUUGAAAUACCAUUAAAACAUAUAUUAAAACAUAUAGGAAGAUAUAUAUAUGGAGUUGAUUAUAAUGAUAGUAUAUUAUCUCUUUUAAACUUUUUUAAAACUGCAAGUAAUCAUAUGGUUGUUGUAAGAAAAGUUAUUUAUAAUGAUGAUGAAGAUCCUAGAUAUUCUCACAUUGGUAUUAUAACAUUAGAAGAUGUAAUCGAAAUUUUAUUGCAAGAAGAAAUUUCAGAUGAAUUCGAUUUUAAGAAAAUUAAAACGGGUUCUAGUAUACCUUCUAAUUUUGUGUGGAAAAAUUCUGAUGAAUCAAAAAAAAAAUUGAAAAAUAAAAUGAGAAGAAGAAAUCAUAAGGUGGCUUUUAAUAAGGACAAUGUUAAAAUGAUAGAAGGCUUAGAUGAAGAUGAUUCGAAAAAACAAACACCCCAAACAACAACAAUAAAUAAUAAUCAUAAUAAUAAUAAUAAUAAUAAUAAUAAUAGUAAUAUUCAUCUUGAUAGUGAUGUUAAAAAAGUAAUAAUUUCUCCUUCACAUAAAGAUAUUUUAAAAAGAGCACAAACUAUUCUCAAAUAUAAAAAAGAAAUUAUCAACUUCUUAAAAGAAAAUAUAUAUUUUAAAUACAUAGAUCCGCAAUUAUUAAAUCAAUAUAUACAAAGAAAAAAAAUAAAAACAUUAUAUAAAGAUGAAGUAUUAUUAAAAGAUAAUACUUUCUUAAAUUAUGCUAUCAUCUUAAUAAAAGGAAAAGUAAAAAAAUUAUCAUCAUAUGAAUCACAAAAUAUUAUACAAGAUAAAUGUUUUAUAGGACUAGAAGCUUUAGGACCAUCAAAUAUUAUUGAAUUAUUUAAUCAAACCAUUGAAAAAAGAAAUUCACUUAUAAAAAAUAUGGAAGAAGAAGAAGAAAAAAAAAAAAAAAGAAGAAAAUUCACAAUCUCAAGACCACGAUUAACAUUAAAAAGUUUUAGAAAAAAAGAAACCAUCUUAAAAAAUAAACAAACUAUUACAAAUAAAAAAUUGCCCAAUCAAGUUAUAAAAUCAAAUACACAUGUUAUAAAAAAAAAUAUAAAUAUAUUAUUUAGAAAGUGGUAUACCCAGCAUGUCUACUAUAAUAAAAAUGCAUAUAUAGCAGAAACCACAUGUGAAUACAUCAUGAUUCCUAAGAGUGAUUAUAUGGAUAUGAUAAUAGAAUGUUAUUGUAACAACCAAGUGGAGGAAAUUAUUGAAGCGAGUUAA